UAGGUACUUGAACCAUGGUCUCAGGAAUUGCAUCAUCUCUCGCCGGAGCAUUGUUUGCUCCAGUGUCUCACUACGCUGUGGACAAGCUGGUCGACGGUGUAAUUCAUCAUCUCUCCAAAGACAUACCAUCAUCAUCAUCAUCAUCAUCAAACCUUGAGAAUAAUAAUCAACAGGUGUUGUGUGCUUUGGUGAAAGAACUGCAAGAUGUGAGUCAGAAAAUCAAGGCAACUCUUCGUGUGGCCAAGUUAUUGCACAAGCAAGAUGAGAGUGUGCUCUAUUUCUACAAACAACUCAAAGAUGUACUUUAUGAAGCAGAGGACCUUGCUGAUGAUUUUGAGUAUCACAAACUGGAAGGACAAGUGGAGAAGAUGAAUAAUGAUUAUGAAGCUACUGCCUCAAGUAACCAGUCUAUAGCCAAAAAGCCUAGGAUUUCACCUACAAAGCCAUUGGAGUUGCAAGAUGACAUCAUGAUUUCAAAAAUAAGAGAGGUUAUUGGGAAAUUAAAUUGCAUUAAUGAUGAUCUCGGUUCUGUUAUUAGCAUGGCAAGGAUUUCUAUGGAGUUGGGAAAGAAAGAUGAUAAUAACCUUGGGGUGGUGCUGCAACAUUCAAAUCAAAAUCCAAGAGUGACUACAUCUUCUGUUAAUGUGAGUAAAAUUUGUGGCCGAGAUAGAGAACUAAAGAUACUAAAAAAAUUACUUAAAGAACCAGAUGCCAGUGGUGAUUGCAAUGUGAAUGUCAUCCCAAUAGUUGGAAUGGGUGGAAUUGGCAAGACAACUUUGAUUCAACACGCAUUCAAUGAUGAACAAGUUGCAAGCUUUUUUGAUGAAAAGGUAUGGAUUUGUGUGUCAGAUGAUUUUGAUAGGUCAAAGAUUCUUCAAGAGAUGGUGAGCUCUCUUACUGUUUCUAAAUCUGAAAAAUUCAUUCACGACAGAAAUUUGGACCUUUUAGAAGGUGAACUCAAAAGAAAUUUACAAGGGAAAAGUUUGUUGCUAGUGUUGGAUGAUGUGUGGUCUUCAGAAUGGGAAAAACUCCUCAUCCCUCUGCAAUCUUCUCAAGUGAGGUUGGCGAAAACUGUAGUAACAACUAGAGAAUCAAAAGUACUGAGAAAGCAAGAUGAAAAAAAUAAAAUUGUUCUGAAAGGCAUAGAGGAUCAUGACUACUGGGAAUUCUUUGUAAGUUGUGCAUUUGGUGGUACAAAGGCUAAUGAACAUCCAAGCUUGCAAAUCACAGGUAAGAAGAUAGUGAAGAAAUUGAAGGGAUCACCUCUGGCAGUAAAGACAAUAGGCAGAUUAUUAGAACAUAACAUGAGCAAUAAGCAUUGGAUGGAUGUGUUAAAGAGCAACUUAUGGGAAUCGGGAACUAAUGCAGAUGAUAUUAUGCCAGCGUUGGCACUAAGUCACUACACCAAUUCUCAGUUUUAGAAGCACUUUUAUAUAGGUGGUUAUUAAAAACCGGCUCCAUACUGUGUUAUAAUUGUUUUUUUAUAUAAAUUACAGCCGGUUUUCAAAAACCCCCACAAAAACAACU